AUGGCCGCCGAUAAGGGGAGCAUCAGCAACACCGGAGAGAAGAAGUUCAACGCCUCGGCCUUCUUGACUCAGCCGAUAAAGUAUAUUCGAUCGCUGUGCGGCCCAGAAAUGCCCCACUACAAACUUACAUACUUUGGCUUGAAAGGCCGAGCGGAGAUUGCUCGUCAACUGUUCGCCCUGGCCGGCGUUGAGUACGAGGACAAGCGUAUUACAUUUGAAGAGUGGCCCGCUUUGAAGUCAUCAACGCCAUUCGGGCAGCUGCCGCUCCUCGAAGUCGACGGCGUUAUUAUCGCCCAAUCGAUCACCAUCGCUCGUUUCUUGGCCAGACGUUUUGGUUACGCCGGGGAGAACGACAUUGACGCGGCCAAAGUUGACGGACUCGCUGACACGUUCGCCGACUACUUCACCGAGCAGAAGAACUUCUUCCCGGUGCUGAUCGGACGCGUGCCGGGGGACAAGGAUGCGCUCUACAAAGAGGUGUACGAGCCCGCCCGCGACAAGUAUAUUCCCAUGAUCAUCGAGCACUUCUUGAAGAAGAGCACCAGCGGAUUUUUGGUCGGCUCGAAGCUGUCGUACGCUGAUCUGCUACUCGCCGAGCACGUCUCCACUUUCCAGGAAUUCUUGCCGCACAACUGGGACAAGUACCCGGAGUUGCUCGCCCACCGCGAUCGCAUCCAAGCGAUCCCGGCGCUGAAGAAGUGGCUGGAGACGCGCCCGAAAACCCCCUUC